ACAAAUAAAAAUACUUAUACGUACGAAAGUGAAGGGUUUGUUCAAUGUGUAAUGUUUAACCCACAAGAUAACAAUAUCUUUGUAAGUGGGUCUUCCCGUAAAGUUUUGGCAAUCAUAGAUAUUCGGACACCUGAAAAUGUGUUGAGCUUUAAAGUUGAUGAUGGGAUGAUAAAUUCUCUUUAUAUUUUUCGGAAUGGACAACAUAUUAUCACAGGUGACUCGUUGGGAUACGUAAAAACCUGGGAUAUUAGAGCUGGCUCUGCCUUUCAGUCAUUUUUAAAUGAGACAACAAAAAAGCCUGUUUCUCAUAUUGCCAGUCUUAAACAUCUUGUUUCUCUUUCAGAUGGUGAAGAACCGCGAUAUAUGGCAGUUAAUAGUUAUGACAAUUUAAUAAGAAUUUAUGAUCGCGGAAUAGAGCCACCUAAAAUCCAACCGCGAUUGAUACAUAUCUUAAAAGGCUACAAGAAUAAGGGAUGGCCGAUUAAGAGUUCAUUUUUCCCUGGAAAAGAUUGUAUGCAUUUUAUCGAUCAAUAUUAUACCACACAAAGAACACAAACCAAAGAUAUUUACGAUGUACCUGAACAAAUCGAUUCUGUUGACAAUGUUUUUAGUUAUGAGAAGGAUAAAUUAUUAGAAGCAAGUUUAUUGUUAGCUACGGGUAGUGCGGAUCCAUACGCGUAUUUAUUUAACGUUGGUAGUCCGGAGGGAACUGGAGAAUUGUUACAACGUUUAGAGGGUCAUACUGAUUUCGUUUAUGCUGUAGAUUUUCAUCCUUUUGAACCGAUACUGGCGAGCUGUUCUGCAGAUUUCACCAUAAAAAUAUGG